AUGGUGCAAUUUGACGAAGUCCUUGGAAACGAAAAUUUCUUGCCCGAAAUGAAUCCUUUAGAAGCUCAGCGGCAAAUCGAUCAAUUAAAACAUUUUGGAUUGAAAGAUAUUGGCACUUCGAAAUGGAUGAAACAACGUGAGGUCGUCAACAUGCUCAAUAUUCAGGCACAUCAAAAUGCCGCUCUUAAUCAAGAUGAAUACAUUGCUCAAGGAAUUAUUUCCUCACAAAAAGUUGAAGUUCUUAUUAAAGAGCUCAUCACUGUGGAAAUUUGGAAAAACAAAGUGACACCGCUCAUUAAGGAAGAGUUAACAAGUGCCUCCAAACAAUCGAUCAAACCCUAUUUAAUUUAUUAUCAUGAAGCUACGUUGGUUAAUUUGUUGGAAUGUGUCAUGUAUCAUAAGGAUGCAAUUAUUUAUUGUGAAGAAUCCAUUCUAAUUGAACUUGUCGAUUAUUGCCAACGAAAAUUCAAUGUCCUCAUUCAUAACAAAAAACUGCAAGAGCGUCACGAUCAAAAGGACAUUUUGAAAUUAUCAGAUGAGGAAAUUUGGCAGGAUCAAAUUAGAGAAAUUGAAUUCAACUGUUGCAUGUAUUCUCUCACAAUAUUCAGAUUCAUCACAGACAAUCUCAAAGAAAUAUCUCCAAGUGUGGUACAUCGAAUUUUAGAAAAACACGACUCUCCUAUUGCAUUAGUGUACAUUAUUGAGAAUUCACCUUUCAAAAAGAAGGAAAAAUCUGGAUUCAAAAAGUACAAUGGUAACAUAUGGGAAACUGUCUCGUUUGAUGAAUACUUGAAGGUGACACAAUACGAAGCUCAAGUCUGGCUAGCCAUUAAUAAUUUGUUGGUGGAUCCAGAAACAAGAAAUAAGUAUGAAUACACAACUUUUAGAAGGGAAACAGUUAUAGGCCUCAAGAAAUAUCUCACAGAUGUGCUCAUUGACCAAAUUCCUGUCCUUGUAGACUUGCUGAGAAAUGUCGAGAACUUGCAAAUUAUGAAUUUACCUGUUGUCUCAAAGAAUAUCUUAAUGGUGGAAGCAGUGGCCGAAUUCAGUGAAGCAAUUCUCAAUGGAACGGACUUUGAGAAAAUCGCCCAAGAACAUUUGUUGACCAUUUGCAACACAGAAGAUGACGAAGCUCGAAGAGAGGAGAUUAUGUCAAUGGCCAAGAUGUUCGGUAACAUGCUGGACCUGAUGGGAGAGAAUGCAGACUAUGAACAAUUAAAACUUUAG